AUGAAAGCGUUACUGGUUAUAGAUGUUCAAAACGAUUUCCUACCACCAAAUGGGUCAUUGGCAGUGGCGGAUGGUGAUAAAAUAGUGCAUCCCAUCAUAAAAUUGAUGCACGAUGAGAGUCAAGACUGGCAUAGGAUUGUUUUCACCAGAGAUUGGCAUCCAAAGAACCAUAUCUCUUUUGCCAAGAAUCAUGGAUUACCAGAUUUCUCAAAAUUCAAUUACAAAUCGCCAAGAAGACCAAGUCAACCUUUGGAUACACCUGCAGAGACCAAAGAAGCCACUUUAUGGCCCGUACAUUGUAUUCAAAACACUAGAGGAAGCCAACUUGCGGACGCACUGCUGAAAGAAGUUGAACAUAACCAUCACAAGAUAGUGGAUAAAGGGUAUUUAAGUGACAGAGAAUAUUACUCUGCGUUUAACGAUAUUUGGAAUUUCCAUAGGACUGAAUUGAAUGAUUAUUUACAAAAACAUCAUAUAACGCAAGUUUACAUUGUGGGUCUUGCAUUGGACUUCUGUGUCAAAAACACCGCAAUGUCCGCUGCCAGUUUGGGUUACGAGACUUUUAUCAUGGAAGACUACUGUAAGCCUAUAGAUUCAAGUGAGGCAGCCAUGAAGGCUUUGCACGAGGACUUGACUGAAAAUUACGGUAUUAAAUUUAUUUAA